AUGCCGGGCGCGGUGUUGAUGUCCGCGGGCGUCGAUGCGCGUUCGGUGCGAGCGGCGAUCGCCCGGGCGAUGGCGCCGCGACGGCGUCGAAUGGGGAUGGUGAUGAAUGCGCGACGGCGCGACGCGGGCGCGGCGCGCGAAGGGCGCGCGUGGAGACGCGCUCGCGUGGACGCGCGGUGGACGAGAGAUGGCGUGCGUAGGACGCGGAUGCCGGGGCGCGCGCGCGCGGUGCGCGGCGUCGAGGGGGGGUCGGGGGCGGGCGACGGCGUCGACGCGGCGGAGCUGUGGCGACGCGCGGCGAAGAUACCGAUGUACUCCGUGGCGUGGAUCCCGAUCGCGUGCGCGGCGUCGUUGGUUUUUUGUCAGUACGGGAAAGUGGAUGUGAAGCACCUCGGUGCGCUCGCGUUGGGGGCGACCGCGGUCGUGGCGUGGUUGAAUCUGUCGAACGACGCGUUCGACGCGACGACGAACGUGGACGCGAGGAAACCGGAGAGCGUGGUGGCGUUGUUGGGGGGGAACGCGUCGAUCGUGCACGCGAUGGCCGUCGUGGCGUUGGUGAGCGGGUGUGGGUUGCUCUGGGGCGCCGCGCGAGGCGCCAGCGGCGUGGCGUGGAAGGCGCUCGCGGCGGCGAUAGCCAUGGGGUACGCCUAUCAAGGUCCGCCGUUUAGAUUAUCGUACAAGGGGCUCGGUGAACCGAUCUGUUUCUUGGCGUUCGGACCGUUGGCGACGACGGCGUUUUACCUCAUGAUGAGCUCGCGCGUCGCCGCGGCGACGAGCGCGGUGCCGGCGAUCGUGUGGUCGUGCGGCGUCUUGAUUGGUCUCACGACGGCUUUCAUCUUGUUCACCUCGCACUUUCACCAAGAAGAGGGCGAUCGCGCCGCCGGUAAGCUGAGCCCGGUCGUGCGCAUGGGUUUGCCCGGCGCCUUGCUCGUCGCCGACAACCUCAUCGGCGCCCACUACGCCACCGUGGCCACGCUCGCCGCCGCGGGCUGGCUCCCGUACACCGCCGUUUUCGGCCUCAUCAUCACCUACCCUCUCGCCCGCCACAUCGUCGACCAAGCGCAGAGCACGGCGGACGCCGGAGCAAUUUCUGACUUGUUCUUCACAAAGUACCUCGCCGUGCGCUUCCACGUCAUCCACGGCCUCGCCUUGGCCCUCGGCGUGUGCGCGCAGCGCGCGUACCUCAACCCAAACCUCUUCUUCCCAGCCUAG